AUGAAGACACUACAAAUCACAUCUAUUCUGGCUGUUGCCUAUGCAGGCCUCACUGCCGCCUACCCCAACAUCCUUGCCGAACUGGAAUCACAGAAGAAGGCUUCUUCGCUAAAGAAGAGGGUCCUCUUCGACCCAGUGGCUCAGAAGAUCGAUGUCUCUGGUUCUCACGCUUUCACUGCUCCUGGCAACGGAGAUCAACGCGGUCCUUGCCCAGGACUGAAUGCAUUGGCCAACCACAACUACCUCCCACACAACGGUGUUGGCACAAUCGACCAGUUCAUCGCUGCCACGACCAAGGUCUUCGGCAUGGGUGCUGAUCUCGCUCUCAUUCUUGCCGUCUACGGAGCCGCGAUCGACGGCAACCUUGUUUCGUGGAGCAUUGGAGGCCCAACACCAAACGUUCCUUCGAUCAACCUUCUUGGACAGCCUCAGGGUAUCAGUGGCUCUCACAACAAGUAUGAGGGCGAUGCGUCACCAACCAGAGGUGAUCUAUAUAUUGAUGGUCAGGACUACCUCCUGAAAAUGGAGAACUUCCAGGCUCUUUACGACGCUGGCAAGGCAGCCGACAACUACGAUCUUCAGCUCUUGACCGACCGUAGAGCCGCCAGAUUCAAGCAGAACAUUGAGACCAACCCUUACUUCUUCAACGCACCCUUCUCUGGUGUUAUUGCUCAACCUGCAGCGUGGAGCUUUAUCUACCGUUUCAUGGGCAACAAGUCUGCCGAGUAUCCUUCGGGCAAGCUUAACGGCGAGGUUCUCAAGUCCUUCUACGCCAUUACUGGUGACGACGGCAACUUCAAAUACACCCCUGGCAACGAGCGAAUUCCCGAGAACUGGUACACCCGUAACGCUCUCGACCCCUACGAUGUUCUCGCUCUCCAGAUCGACACCGAUGCUCAGCUCCUCCAGCACCUCGAGUUCGGAAGCAUUGGUGGUAACACUGGCACUCCCAACAGCUUUGUUGGUAUUGAUCCUGAGAUCCUGACUGACGGUGUUUUCAAUGCUGCCACUCUCACUCAAGGCAACAACCUCAUGUGUUACGGCCUGCAGCUUGCUGUACAAGAACUUCCCGACUUGCUCUCUGGCCUGGUUACCGAUCUCGCCUCCGCAGUCAACAAAGUCAGCUCUGCCUUUGGCAACGCCACUCAGAAGCUUGGGUGCCCUGAGCUUACCAAGAUCAACCAGGACCAAUUCAAUCAGUACCCUGGUUACACCAAGCUGAAGUCUGAUGGCACCUACUAG